AUGAGUGAUGACGAGAUAUUCCACAACGCGGGCAUGGCGGUGUUACACUGCAGUGCCAUUGAAGACACGGAAAGCCUCAAGCUACUCAUCGAUAAAGGCGCUCCCAUCUUCUACCAGGACCCUUCUUCCGGCUACACCUCGUUGCACUUGGCAGCGGACAAACAAUCACUGCGUUUGGUGCGCUAUCUCCUAAGCCAGGGUGCCACUUGGAACGCCAUCGACCACGCUGGGUUUACCCCCGCAGAUAUCGCCCUCUCGUACGGCAACACCCCCAUAUACGAGGAGAUAGUCGCUGAGGGCGUUAGAGCGGAGUUUAUUCUCAAUCUCCUCGGCGAGAAGGCGGAGAAUGGCGACAGCGGCGACGACGACGACGACAGCGGCGACAAUGACGACUCCAACGACCCCGCCUCCAACCUCAACGCAUUCCUCUCCUCACAGCUCACCUACGAAUACGACAGCGACGGCAACGAGCGCGUGGUUGACUCCGCCGGCGAUCCCGUCAUGAUGGCCUGGGAGACGCCAAUCAUGAAGGCAUCCGUGAGGGCGCUCUGUGAUAACCACCCAGACACCCAAGACAGUCUGUCGAUCCUCAAUGUCGGUUUUGGUUUGGGUAUUAUCGACACAGAAUUCCAGAAAUACAGCCCAACUAACCACACCAUCAUCGAAGCUCAUCCGCAUGUUCUUCAGCAUAUGCGCGAGACUGGCUGGUAUGACAAGCCCGGUGUCACCGUGUGUGAAGGGACAUGGCAGGAUCAUGUGGAUAGUAUUGGCCAGUUUGAUGUCAUUUACUUCGAUACAUUCUCAGAACACUACCGUGACUUGAAGGCCUUCUUCGAACAUAUCCCUGAUCUCGUCGAGUCGCCCAACUCGCGCUUCUCCUUCUUCCACGGACUGGGUGCGACGAAUGGUGUUUUCUACGACGUUUACACGCGUAUAGCUGACAUGCACCUCGAACAAAUAGGCUUGUCUGCGCAGUGGGAGGAUGUACCUGUACCUGAGCUCUCCGCUGUGUGGAAGGGCGUUAGACGGUCGUAUUGGAAUCUCCCGGUAUAUAAACUACCUAUAGCGAGAAUGAACAUAUUUUAA